GACCCGACCCGAACCGAAGACCCGACACCGACCCGACCCAGCUUGCUAGGGUUUUCCUGUUCGGAUUCCGAUUCGGAGAUAGUGGGGGAGGUGAAAAGGGGGAAGAAGGAAUCGAUUCAGCUCCAUCUCUCUUUGGCUCUUCCGCGGAAGAUUCUUUGUUCCUCGCGAAAACGAUAACCACCCAAUCGCGUCGGGAACGAGGCCGAUCGUCUUCUUGCGGAUCUGGGUCGAUCUCCUCUUUCGUGCCCGAAUCGUGUUCUGCCGGUGGGGGAGAAGCGCGCGUCUCUGAGCCAUGGGGAGGGGAAAGUUCAAGGGCAAGCCCACGGGUCGCCGCCAGUUCUCGACUCCCGACGAGAUGAUUGCGGGUACUUCCAGUCGUCCUCGUUCAUUCAAACAGGAAGAAGCUGAGCACGUAGAAUCAGAAGAAUCAGAAGAAGAAUCAGGAGAAGAAUCUGGUGAAGAGACUGAAAAGCGGAAAGGGACUGAAAGUGUUAUUCAAAUUGAAAAUCCAAAUUUGGUGAAGGCAAAGAACUUGAAAGCUAAAGAUGCUGAUGCGAGCAAGACAACGGAACUUUCAAGGCGGGAAAGGGAGGAGAUAGAAAAGCAGAAAGCUCACGAACGAUACAUGAGGCUACAGGAACAAGGAAAAACAGAACAAGCCAAGAAAGAUCUAGAGCGUUUAGCCCUCAUUCGGCAACAAAGAGCAGAAGCUGCCAAGAAGCGAGAGGAAGAGAAAGCUGCCAAAGAACAGAAGAAGGCAGAAGCUCGCAAAUGAUCCUUAAGAGAGGGCGCAUGGAGGAGUAUUCUCUUGCAGAACAUCAAAAAGAAUAUGUGAAGAUUAAAGACAUUACUUUUCUAUUUUAGCAAUUGGUGCAAACAGUAUAUUUUAUCUUCCCAGUAUUACUCCUAAAAGCAUGUGGUACUGUUCUCGAUUGGCCUUCCUAUGAGUAAAGGCGUUUCUGGUGACUAUUUUAAAAA